AUGGCGUUCCCACAUGUCAAAACAUAUCACCAAGCUGCGAUCCUGACAUCGCUGCUUGCACAUCUUACCAUAAAGGGCCAACCCCAAUGGGUACGGAUGGAAAACCAAGCCAUAGCCCUCCUCCGAGUCUCUAACCUAAUGUGGCUACGGAAAACCAUUAGACCAACUACAACGACCAUGCCCUCACAACUUAGCUUAGCACUAAAUAUCUGGGACCAAUACAGAUCGCACUUUGAAUCGCAGUGUCCACUGUCUCUAGCAACCCCUACUGAGGCACUUACGUAUUGUAUCCCCACAUUCCAUGCAACGCCAUGGAAAGAAAGGGGAGCCACCCACCUGGCACACCUAUACAAAGAGGGCAAACUGCUGCCCUUUCUGGACCUGCGCCGCCUAUACAACAUACCACCCACAUCUCACUACUCACACAUCCAAUUACAAUCCUUCUUACACAAACACAACAGAGAACAGGCACAAAAACGCGACGGAGGUGAAGAACUCACGACCUGGGAAAAAAUAGGGAUUACAGGGAUACCCUCACCCAAAUUUAAACCACUAUCUGAAUGCUACAAAAGUAUCCACUCAUACCAGCCGUUCCAUAGCUCUACCCAGGCACAGCACUGGUCCACGGACCUGAAUGUUAACAUAACAGAACACAAAUGGAAACACAUAGCAACAUCAGUGAGAAAAUUGGUGAAAUCAGCCCCUCUUCUUGAACAACACCAAAAAACAAUCUAUAGGUGGUAUAUGGUGCCCACUCGCCUACACAGGCUGUACCCCCACUCGCCCCCGACCUGCUGGAGAUGUGCUGGAGACCUGGGCUCAGUACUACAUAUUUGGUGGAGAUGCCCUAAACUAGAGAGGUACUGGAAGGAAGUACGACAACUUAUUACCCAAACUACUAAAACGGACAUUGCCCUAGAGCCCUCGACAUUUCUCUUACUGGACAUUCCCCCUGACUUGCCUGCCACGAUAAAGAAAUUAAUCUAUCAUAUAUUACUGACAGCACAGAGAGUAAUAGCGAGGUCCUGGAAAUCUACCAGACCCCCGAGCGUCUCCCACAUUAUACAAGAUGUAGAUAAACAACUAAUCUAUGAAACGCAAUACUCUGCUGCACACACAAGACCGCAGCGUUGGGGGGGAGCAUGGGAGUUGUGGAGCUCCUGGACACAAAAGACUACAGGCCACUUGGUACAACAACACCACUAA